AUCACGGAUUUCGGAAUGUGCAAAGAAAAUAUCGUUGGGAAUGCGACUACAAAAACGUUCUGUGGUACACCUGACUAUAUAGCGCCUGAGAUAAUCCUGUACCAACCUUAUGGAAAAUCAGUUGAUUGGUGGGCUUAUGGAGUGUUGCUUUUCGAAAUGUUAGCUGGGCAACCGCCGUUCGACGGAGAAGACGAGGACGAGCUCUUCACGGCCAUUACCGAGCACAACGUCUCUUAUCCAAAGAGUAUGUCCAAAGAAGCAGUUUCCAUUUGCAAAGCCCUCCUAGUCAAAAAUCCUCAAAAACGGCUCGGCUGCUCAACAAAUGAUGCUGCUGCGGAAGCAGAUAUCAAGGAGCAUCCAUUCUUCCGACGAAUCGAUUGGUACAAGAUUUCAACACGUCAAGUACAGCCUCCAUUCAAGCCGAAAAUCGUAAGUCAUCGUCAUAAUCGUUAA